CUUGGCGAGGACGCCAAAUCGUCUUUGGUUUUGUUUUGAAUGCCUAAAGCCACCGUAUCUACUCGUGGGCGUGUGGGUAAUGUCGUCUAUAACACACGUGCCUAAUUUUCUUAUGCCAGUUCAAACGUUCAAAGAUGGCAGGCCUGGAAUUAUUGUCCGACCAAGGAUAUCGUCUUGAUGGAAGAAAAGCUACUGAGCUGCGCAAAGUACAAGCUCGUAUGGGUGUAUUUGCCCAAGCUGACGGGUCUGCAUACAUAGAACAGGGAAAUACCAAAGCGCUGGCAGUUGUGUAUGGCCCUCAUGAAGUAAGUUUCUUGCUAAGCUAGCAUGUUAACUAGAUAGAUAACAAAUAAAAUACAAUUUUAUUGACACGCUAGUUUGCAUAGAACUGAGAUGUAUUAACUAUGGAAAUUACUUUAGCUCGGCUAGCAUUUGAGCUCAGUUUAUUUAUCCUAAAUAUAAUAUUGUUCCUAACUAGCUACAUAACUACAAAUGUGUUCAGCCUCCUUGUUCUAGUCUAGAGCUAAACUAGCCAGCCUGCACACUUCCACCUCUGCCUAGGGUCCAGACCUCUUGGCAGACAUGGUAGUAUACUCACAUACAGGGAGACUACACUCUUCCACUUAUGGAGAACUUGGGGCUAUCUUACUGCUGCCACCAAUGCAGCGAUUGAGAAGGAACAGUUGUAUCAGGACUUGAAGAACCAGUGAGGUUGCAGGCCUCACUCACCUGUGUGCAUUGUCAAAUCAAAUCUUCUCUGUUCUCCAGGUGCGAGGGUCCCGCAGCAAGACCCUCCAUGACCGCGCUGUCAUCAACUGCCAGUAUAGUAUGGCCACCUUCAGCACAGCGGAGAGGAAGAGGAGACCCCACGGGGACCGCAAGUCCACAGAGAUGAGCCUUCACCUCAAGCAGACUUUUGAGGCAGCAGUGUUGACUAAUCUGUACCCACGCUCUCAAAUAGACAUUUAUGUCAAGGUACCACAAUAUUUCAGAUCUGAAUGAAUUAUGAAAUUGGUUGUGGUGGAAUCUGCACUAUUAAUAAAAUGGUGAAUGAAAGUGGUUGUAUAUCCAGUCUUUGGGAUUUGGAACUAAUGUUAAGUUUUACUCUGUUAGUUUCAUAUUCUCAGGGGUGUAUUCAUUAGUUGUUCAGAGUUUUUCUUCUGUUGCAUAAUGUUUUGCAACGGAAACUAUUUAUCGUUGACUCUAGGAACCAAACAGAAGCAAACUGAACAAAAUGGGAAGGGACCAACCUAAAUGAGUCCAAUAGAAACACUCACUUUUGCAACAGAAUCCAACUAAUGAAUGGUGUAGAGGUUUCUUCAUCAAAUUGAACACUUAGACAUGGGGCUUGAUAAGUCAACCUGACUUGAAUUGAAACACUUCACACUCUCUCUUCCCUGUCAGAUCUUGCAGUCAGACGGUGGGAACUACAGUGCGUGUGUGAACGCUGCCACUCUGGCAGUGAUCGACGCGGGUAUCCCCAUGCGUGACUAUGUGUGCGCCUGCACUGCAGGCUUUGUGGACGAGACGCCGUUGGCAGACCUGUGCCAUGCUGAAGAGAGUGGAGGGGGCACAUCACUGGCCUUGGCAUUGCUUCCCCGUGGUGGGCACAUCGCCCUGCUACAGAUGGACGCCCGACUCCACCAGGACCACCUAGAGACACUGAUGGAGGCGGCCAUGACGGCCUGUAAGGGUGUCAGCAAAGUGUUGGAUGAGGUGGUGAGACAGCAUCUUCAGGAGGUGUCUGCACUGACCGGAGAGUGAUGUGGUGUAGCUUGGACUUUGUGGUAGAUUGGCCUAUUUAGUCAUUUAGCAGACGCUCUU